CUAGAGUCUCGCGCGCUCACCGUGAAGGUGCACAAGUAGACCGAAGUGUUUUUAAACUUGUGCCUGAAAUUUACCGUCCGCGACUGACCUCGAAUGAAGCCUUCCACUCGCUCCACAGACGGCAGACAGGCAUCCGUGGUAGUUCUGCAGUAGUUUUGAGGGCUUCGCUCUUUGGCUGCGCUAUGGACGGAACUGCGCGCAGACUUGUGGAGGAGGGAUCCACGCGUGGGUCCUCUCGGGCAGACGCUUCCCUCAGCGGAGAGGAUGAGCGCCGUGACACCGGCCACCACCCGAGACCUCACGAAACGCAUCCCGACGACGAGCGCACCUUGCCUCUUAGGGAAUUUUAUCCCUAUAUUCGCUGUGCCCUCUGCAAUGGAUUUUUCAUUGAUGCCACCACCAUCACAGAGUGUCUUCACACUUUUUGCAAGAGCUGCAUUGUCAAGCACUUUUUCUACAGCAACAGGUGUCCUAACUGCUCCAUUGUUGUGCACCAGACACAGCCACUGUACAGUAUCAGACCCGACAGGCAAUUACAAGACAUUGUUUUCAAGAUGGUUCCAUAUUUGGAAGAAGAUGAAAGGUCACGAAUACAUGCAUUUUAUAAACAGAGAGGGCUUGACAUUCCUAGACCAGUGGCAUCUCCAGCUUCAUACCCAGUGAAGCUUCCCCAGAGACUGAAGAAAGACAUGCUGCCUCGGUCUGUUUUUACUAUUCCCUCAGAGUUAGAUGUGUCUCUGAUGUUGGAGUUUGUGGGAGCUGAAAAGGGUAUUGAGAACUAUAAGCCCCUUGAGAGGAAGUAUGUGCGUGUGUCAGGGGAAGCCACUGUCCGUCACGUGGAGCUUUUUAUCAGGAGGAAGAUGGAACUGAAUCAAAACUGCAAGGUUGAUGUUGUGUGUGGAGAGCAUCUUCUUGAACAAUGCCAGUCUUUGAGAGAAGUUUGUGACACCAUGGGGGAAAAUGCACUGCAGGAUGGCAUGCUGGUUCUGCAUUGACUCGUUCUACCUGCUCAGUAAAGACAGAAUGAAACUACCUUAUAUAGGGAUUUUAUUUUAAGAGCUCUACUGAAUUUUACCAUAAUAGUUCUAUGCAGUGAUUCUUUGUCUUCCUGGUUGUCUUCUGCUCAAUGUGAUUAAACGCAUGUCAGCAUUCUUUGAGCAAAUGCAUUAAGAAACAUUAGAGCUGAUUAGAUAUUUUCAGAUGUUGUUUGUUUGUUUGUUUGUUGGUGGGUUUGAUUUUAUUGUUUGUUUGAAUUCAUUGUUUCUUUGAUUGAUUGAUUGAGUAACUGUAAAGAUUCUGUAAAUUCUCUUUUAUACAUUUGUAAACUAAGAUAAACAGAGAUUAAGUAAUUGCUCUUUGUUUCUUAGAAUACAUAGUUUUGACAUGAA